UAAAUAGUUUCAACAAAAACACAUUCAAAUAUGUCUUAUAAGCCAAAACGCCCACUCUCCGCCUACAUGCUGUGGCUCAAUAGUGCCCGCGAGUCGAUCAAGCUCGAGAAUCCCGGCAUCAAGGUCACCGAGGUGGCCAAGCGCGGUGGCGAAUUAUGGAGGGCAAUGAAGGACAAGUCUGAGUGGGAGGCCAAGGCUGCUAAGGCCAAGGACGAUUACUAUCGGGCCGUCAAGGAGUUCGAGGCCAAUGGUGGCAGCAGUGCCAACGGUGGUGGAGCCAAGAAGCGCGCGAAACCCGCGAAAAAGGUGGCGAAGAAGAGAAAGAAGGAGGAGUCCGACGUGGACGACGAUGAUGAGAGCGAGUAGACUGGCUCAUCCACACCAUAAUCCAUCACCAAGUCACACACAACCAGCCAAAAUCCCCCGCAAGCAAACAAGAACACUGGUGGCAACACCACAUCCAAAAAUCAGCAACCACUGUCCCCCUUAAUAGAAUA